AUGCUGAGGCUUCAAUCCGUUCUGGCCCUCUCCCUGUCGGGAGUGUUGGCUUUCCUAGGCCUGUGGUGGUACACCUCUCGGAAGAAAGAACAACCCACUGACAAAGAUGACACAAAGGAUGAGACAACCACAGACCAGGAGCACCUGUCCUCCUCCACCGGAGACGGAGGUAUCGGUGUUGUGGAGAGUGGCUACUCCGCUGGGACAGAUGGGGAAAGGCACGCAGUGAGGAAGAGGUCGUUAGUGGAACAGGAGCUUGUUGAUAGUACAAACACACAAGCGGCAGCAAAGCUGGGUACAGUCCCACUCUGCCAAUCACAACCUGAGGAAAUGGUUGUAGCUGCAGGGUGUCUGAGUAGAGGCUUUGAUACUGCUACGUUGAAGCCCGUUACGGAGAGCACUGAGUCUUCAGCUCAAGUACUCCCAGAGACUGCACCUGAGAGCCAAGCCCAGGGGGGACCUGAGAAGGAUAUAGCAUUACAAAGGAAACACCAGCCAUCCUCUGAUGAGGAGCAAGUCUCUAUCUGUGACCCAGGCUCUAACCCUGGUGAGGGUGCAGGCCUAAAGCCACAAGCACUGCCUCUCUCUGAGACACUGGAGGACACUAAAAACAGAACUUUCAACGAAGAGGCGGCAGAGGAGGUUAGACUGGACCCAGAGGGAGAGGUUAGAGAAGACAAGAUUUCAGUGUGUUUUGCAGAGAUGAGGCCUCAAACCGAUCUGGCUGAGAACUGCCUCCUCUCCAAAGACAACCUAUCUAUCCUGCCUGCUGUGGAAGAACCAACCUGUGAGGCAAGUCUACAGGAUGACACCUGUCUGGAUUCCCCCAUCCACCUCCUUACCAGUCAGAUGUCCCCCUCAAGGCAGCCAUUGGGCAUUCUGAGGUCACCUCAGAAGAAAGACCAGUCUGAGGAGUGUAAACUCAGCAGGAGCAACACAGCGGAAAUGAACCAGCUGGCGUCAUGUCUGAUCACCCACGUGGUCUCAGCAGCAGUGAGUCAAGUCCUGAAGGAAAAGAACCUGCUAGAACAUAAUGUUAGGCCUCUCUGUAACAGGGACCCCUUCACAGCCCCAGAUAACAUCUCAAUGGGUAACAGUGAGACUGAAAGCAAGAUGCCUCAUCUAUUGCAGGAGGAUCAGUGUUCAACAACAGGCAUGGAGAACAUAUGUUCAUCUCCUAUAGUCUAUGAGGAUGUGAAACAUGACUGCAGCAGUAGAGCUGAGACUGAGCAGGCAGGGCUAGCAGAAGAAGAUUCUGCAGUAGGUGAUUCUGGCUCCAGCUCAGGUCAGACAGAGGAGCGCUCCAGUGGCGAGGACUCGAGCCCCAAUGUGAGCCCGCAACCACCCAGGGGACCAGCUGAAGAACUGGGGGACACCAGCAUGGCCCUCACUAACUGUCACAGGACGGAGGAGGUGGCCGUUCCAGGUGAGCCACCUCGUAGCAGAUUUUCAAUUUCUCACAAUAUAUCAGUAUCAUUUCUGCCCAAGCUGACCUAUCCCUCUUAUUUCUUAGUGUUACUGUGUAGCUCUCACACACCAGUGUCCUGUUUACACGUGCCAUAUGAGUUCAGGGUUGAUUUUACUGCAGUGAAGAAAUAUCUUUAUUUUGCAAUACUCUAGCCUGCAGCUGCUGGAGUUCCCAUACAGAAUGUGAACCUAGUUUAGUCCCAGUACUAGCUAGACCCCAUACCAUAGUCAUUCUUUACAGCUGCUGAUGCGUGCACAUUCCCCUUUUUGUGUUGCUCAGUAUUUUCAGGUAAGAGAACUCUCGCCAUGCCAGAAUGUCUUCUCUCUCUCCCCUGUUAUUGUUGUAUGUGGGUGUUUUUGUGUGCCGCUGUGUUUGCGAGGUUAUAUUGUGUACACAACACAAGUGACUGUUUUUAGUGACUGAUCCGUACUGCCCUAGGCUCUGGUGUAAACAGCAUGGACUCUGUAGACCGUUACGAUCAGCCAAUUGAAAAAUACAACCAGAGUCACAACAGCAGACAGCCACCGACUGUUUGGGAGAUAGAGGUGCCAAAG